UGCAGCUCCCUCUCAGAUUCCACACAAACAUAUGCGCCCACACACACACUAGCAGCAUCGCGAGACCCACACACACUCUCACUCAUAGCAUCAUCACUGCUCUGCUGCACCACAGAGAGAGGCACGCUGAGCAUUCACCCUCUUUCUCUCUCUCUCUCUCUCUCUGCUCCUUCCUCUACUGCGCACUCUCUCUCUGUUCACCUUGGCUGCUGGGUGGUGUGGAGUUAUUGUUGCGUCAGAACCAGAGAGAUCCAGAGACAGCCAUGCCGGGGGAGAGCUCUCACAGAUCUGUCCCCAAAGAAAGACAUCCAGAGCUCGGAGCAGAGCAGACAGGCUUGCCUGAACCAGACAUGACCAGACAUGCCUCCUCUGACUCCACUCCUAGUGACAGUGGCUCCACCCCUAGUGACAGCGGCUCUAGUCCCUCCCCCAGCACCCCUCAGAAGCUGCUCCCAUCAUGCACCUCUCCUUUUGGGCCGCGGCUGGUCCGGACCACGCCCAGCUCGUCCGCGACCCCGCGACCCCAGCCUGAAGGUUCCGACCGUCGCCACAGUAACACGAUCCGGCUUAGCGGGACGUUUGGAGGUCAUGGACCCUGUGGACGUCGCAGCGGACCCGUGAAGAUGGAGAGAAUCAAGGUCCUGAUGGGCUCAGAGGUGGAGAGCGACUACAAGGAGCCAGAGAACAUGGACACACGGGUGGUGAUGGGCCAGGAGGCCCUGCUCAAGACCAAGAAGACCCUGACAGGGAAGUGCCCUUGCAGGCAGAGCAGCCAGGCGAUACCCCUGCCCGGAGGCCCAGUCUUGGAGGUCCCUAACCCUCCCUCAGAACCACAGGCAGAGGCUGGAGAAAAGGCCCAACUGGACACAGGACAGGAGAGAGACAAUUCACCUCCGACCCCAAAGAUGGAGCAAGAGCAGGAGAGAAUCCCUGUCCUGCCCAUUAGCCCUCUCCUCACCCCUCUCCUAACCCCCCUCAACCCUGUCUCCCCUCCCUCCUCAGAGCCAGUCACAGUGGAUGUUAGUUUGACGGGCAGCUCAAGCCCUUUGGAGGCAGGGCUGUCUCCCUAUGGUGAAAUGCCUUUUGUAUGUGCCAUGUAUGCCAUGCCCUCCCUGUCCGAGCCAGCCUAUCCCCCUGCUAUCCUGUCCUUCACUGAGCCGGCCUAUGCCGUGGACCCUCUGAGAGUGGGCGUUCCCUCAUCCCUGGAUCCUGACCUGUACUACACCGCCCCAUCCACCCCCAUCAAGAUGGCUGCUUACCCCUCACACCUCAAACAUCGCUCUUACCCUGGCUCUCCAGCCUCUCCCCUCUCACAAAACUCCCCCUCGGACAGCGAGGACCUGUGCUCCCCCCUCACCUCCCCCUCUGGCUCCUACGUCACAGCGGAGGGGGGCAGCUGGACCUCUUCCACCUCCCCCUGCACCUCCCCCAAUCUGCUCCUGGCAGAGGAGGUGCAGGAGGCACCUGCAUGCUUUGUCAGCUCGCUGUCCGAAAUCGGAGAUGAGGUGGGAGAGGAUAGGGGAGCAGUAGGGGAGAGGGCAGAGAAGGGAGGAGGAGCAGCAGAGUGGCGGUUCUGCCUCUAUAAGGGUCUAGCAGAGACUGUGAUCCUGGAGGAGGAGGAGGUGCUGAGAGGGGAGGUGAGGGGGAGGGGGAGUGAGGAAGCGACAGUCUCAAGAGGUAGCUGUCGCCCCCGAUGGGUGACAGAGGACACUUCCCCAUUGAGGAGCAGCAGCGGCAGAAGCACUGACUCCCAGGAAGAGGGAGGGGAGUCGGAGGGCUCGCUCUGCCCAGCAGAGGAUGCUCUAGCUGGGGGACAGCAGUACUCUAGUCCCCUGCUGCAAAGAGGCCUGGAGCUGGAGCUGCAGGAACUUUACCCUCCCAUUGCCAACCCAGAGGAUGAAACAGACUCCCCACGGUUGACCUCCAUGUCCUUCCCCUUCGCCCCAGUCAUGGGGAACCUAACCCAUCACACCUCCAGUGUCAACCCUACUUCCCCCAAACUUCCCCUGGACACCUGCUCUCCAGAUGUGUCAGACGGGGAUAACUCCAGUCCAUACGGAGAGAUGGGUACCUUCCUUCUGUUUCCAGGCUCCUACAGUGAUGAUGGAGAGAUGGAGGAGGAGGAGGAGGAGGAGAGGAUGAUCCCAGCCUCUCUGCUUAACUUUCCCCUCCACACCAGCCUCCUCUUUCAGGCAGACUCCAUGGAGAUCACUCUCUUCCCCACAGAGGAGGGGAAUGAGGGAGGAGAGGGAAACGACAGGAACGAAGGGAACGAUGUGGAUGCAUAUGCGGCCGGAGAGGAGGAGGGGGACGUGGAGGAUGAUGAUGAAGAUGAUGAUGGGGAAGAAGUGGAGGCUAAGGUAGAGAUAGAGGAGGCUAAGGUAGAAAUAGCGAUAGAGGAAGAGGUUGAUGAAGAGGAGGGUGAGGAUGUUGAGGAAGAGGAGGAGGAGGGUGAGGGUAAGGCUGUAAAUGACCCAGCUGAAGAGGACAACUCGGCCUCCUUCCUUCAUUCACUGUCGGAGACUUCCAUCAACGAAGGUCUGGAUGAGUCCUUCUGUUUCCAUGAUGACACUGACGACUCACUAGACUCCGCCUCUUAUAAUGGCGAAGAGGAUGAGCGGCUGUACAGCACAGAGAGACAUGCUGAACCACCCACAGGACCACCCACAGAACCACACCAAGCCAAACUUCAGCCUGAAACUAGACCAGAGGCCCACAGCACUGAACUGUCUCAGUCCCAGAGCAGACCUAGCCUAAUCAAUCCCCAAGGAGACAAAGAGCCCCGGCCUGAACCACCACAACCACAACCUGCACUUGACCCUGCCCAACUUGCGGAAUCAGCCCACCCCAAGUCCUCGAACAGCGGCAGUGGGAGUGAAAUGGAGACCUCAGAGUUCUCUGACCCUCCUGUCCCCUCUCCUUCUCAGGAGAGCCCUUCUGUCUCUACCCUUACCCCUAAACCUUCUACAACCCCUUACCCUGCCUCGAUUACCCCAAAGACUACCCCUGGUACCGUGUCAACCCCUAAAACCAAGCCUGCAUCUCUCUCUAACCCCAACACUAACUUUGCUCCUGCCCCUAAUGCUAAAUCUGCUACUGUCUGUACCACUAACAGUAACCCUGCUACAGCCUCAACCCCACAAAAUAACUCUGCUACUGCCUCCACCCCCAAAACUAACCCUGCUACUGUCUGUACACUUGAAAUGAACCCUGCUACGGUCUCUACCCCUAACACUAACAGUGCUCUUGCCCCUAACGCUAGAUCUCCUACGGCCUGUACCACUAACACCAACCCUGCUACAGCCUCAACCCCCAAAACUACCCCAGGUACAUGCUCUACCCCAAACCCUACUGUUACUCCUAACACUAACCCUGCUGCUACAAUCGAGGAGACAGCGUCCCACAGCAAUCCUGUCACACUGGCAACCCUGCCAUCCCAUAACAGCCCUGUGACCCUGGCAACAGAAGCAGGGCAAGCCAAAGCAGCUGCAGAGGAAGUACAGGCUGGUACGGUGAGAGAGGAGGACAAAAGGAGCGGUGAAAAGAGAGAGAAAGACAAACAGAGCAGUGGGGAGAGAGGAAAGGACAAACAGAGCAGUGGGGAGAGAGUAAAGGACAAACAGAGCAGUGGGGAGAGAGGAAAGGACAAACAGAGCAGUGGGGAGAGAGGAAAGGACAAACAGAGGGGUGCGGAGAGAGAGAAGGAUGAACAGAGUACAGAGACUUCCGACGAGGAUCACACAGAGCAGACAGACAGAGACUCGUUCAAACUACUCAUUAAGCCACACCCCUCUAAGUCAGACACACCCCGGCCUAAACAGAAGACCUCUGAGCCCUGUAAGCCACUCCCACGUGUGUUUGGGGUGGCAGCGGCUUCAAUCCGGUCCAAACCGCUUCUGGUGUCAGUGAUGGAACUGGACCAGAAGAAUGAGAACAGCAGCACUGAAGGUGUGGACGCCCAUCAGGUCCUUGAAGGGACCACUGCCACCAAUGAUCUAAACAAGGGGGUCCCUCUGCUCUCGUACCCGAAAGAGCCUAACCCCAGCAACAUCCCUGUCUCCUCCUGCCCUGAGAGCUCACCUGACCUGGCUGACAACCUGUCCCUGACCCCUGACAUCUGCCCAUGUGACCCCGCCCAGGAGAACCUGAGGGAGAACACCCUGAGCACUGAGGACGGGGGCCCUGUGGCCCUGGGCUCCCCUCACACACCUCUGGCUGUCUCUCCCAAGAGGGAGAACUCAGAGACAGACGCCGGAGGGAGGAGGGGGGUUGGGGGCUGGGGGGCAGGGGAGGCCCAAUCUCUCUCUCUGGGGCAGGGCUGUGGGUUGGAGGCACAGAGCGUGUUACUGUGUGAGGUGGAGGGGCAUGCUGUUGGACAGACAAUUGGACAGACGAUUGGACAGACACUCUCCGGGCUGCCCAAUGUCAGCACAGACGAGGAUGAGGUGGAUGAUAUAAUGGGGGACGAAGAAGACAACAACAGCCUGUGUGGUCGGCCAGACAAGAUGGCAGAUGUUGAGCUUGUGGGAGAGGGAGUGCCAGAGUCCAACCUGUCCAGCUGGAGGUCCAUCGAGGAGAUAUCAGAGGCAGGGGGAGGAGAGGACGGAAGCUCCCAAUUCCCAGAGGAUGAUGUCAGCAACCUGCAGAGUCGCCCAGAAAACAAGGAGCAGGAAAACAACAACAAUGACUCAGUGUUCCUAUCCUCUGGAAUGCCAACCUGUGUGACUCUGAAUGCCCUGUCAGAGGAGGUGAGACACCAGAGCCAGAGUGUGAGUCUGAGGGCAUCCCUCUCAAACAUACCAAUCACAGAGGUGAAACCACAGGCUGCUGCAGCCUCCGAUAGGCAAACAACAUCAACGGACAGCUCAACACACCAAUCAGACAUAAGACAGGCUUCCUCGUCCUUGGAAAGCCCUGGGCGUGUCUCACCACUAGGGGGUAAACCACAGACCGUUUCAGACCAGAGCUCUUGUUCAGUAGAGGCAUCCAUUUCCAGACCCAACAGUAACACAGAUAUUAACCCAGCAGUCAAACAGGCAGACCUUGCUAUAUCUCUGCUGGGUGGGGCAUUUGGAUCCUUCAGUCAUAAAAUCAGACCAAGCAACUCCAAGUCAGGCAGACUGCCCCAAGAAACUUCCCCAUCAAUGAGCAAAGACACAGUAGAGAAUGUCCAAGUCUCCCAAGAAACGUCUCUCUCAGUGGGCAAAGACACAGUAGAGAAGGUCAAAGUUUCCCAGGAAACUUCCCUAUCAGUGAGCAAAGUCACAGUAGAGAAGGUCCAAGUCUCCAAAGAAUUGUCCCUAUCAGUGGGCAAAGACACAGUAGAGAUGGUCCAAGUUUCCCAAGAAUUUCCCCCAUCAGUGGGCAAAGACAUGGUAAAGAAUGUCCACGUUUCCCAAGAAUUCUUCCUAUCAUUGGGUAAAGACACAGUAGAGAAGGUCCAAGUUUUUCACGAAACUUCCCCAUCAAUGAGCAAAGACACAGUAGAGAAAGUACAAUUUUCCCAAGAAUGUUCCCCAUUAGUGAGAAAAAACAUAGUAGAGAAGGUCCAAGUUUCCCAAGAAACCUCCCCAUCAGUGAGCAAAGACACAGUAGAGAAAGUACAAUUUUCCCAAGAAUGUUCCCCGUCCGUGGGCAAAGACAUAGUAGAGAAGGUCCAAGUUUCCCAAGAAACCUCCCCAUCAGUGAGCAAAGACACAGUAGAGACGGUCCAAGUAUUCCAAGAACCAUCCCUAUCAGUAGGCAAAGACACGGUUGAGAAAGUCGAAGUUUCCCAAGACAUUUCCCCAUCAAUGAGCAAAGAGAUAGUAGAGAAAGUACAAUUUUCCCAAGAAUGUUCCCCAUCAGUGAGCAAAACCAUAGUAGAAAAUGUCCAAGUCUCCCAAGAAACUUCCCCAUCAGUGGGCAAAGACACAGUAGAGAAGGUCGACAUUUCCCAAGAAACAUCCCCAUCAGUGAGCAAAGACACAGUAGAGAAGGGCCAAGUAUCCCAAGAAUCGGCCCUAUCAGUUGGGAAAGACACAGUAGAGAAGGUCCAAGUUUUCCAAGAAACUUUCCCAUCAGUGAGCAAAGACACAGUAGAGAAGGUACAAGUAUUCCAAGAAUCAGCCCUAUUAGGGGGCAAAGACACAAUUGAAGAGGUCCAAGUUUUCAAAGAAACUUCCCCAUCAGUGGGCAACGACACAGUAGAGAAGGUCAAAGUUUCCCAAGAAACUUCCCCAUCAGUGAGUAAAGACACAGUAGAGAAGGUCCAAGUCUCCAAAGAAUCUUCCCUAUCAGUGGGCAAAAAUACAGUAGAGAAGGUACAAGUCUCCCAAGAAACUUCCCCAUCAGUGAGCAAAGACACAGUGGAGAAGGUCCAAGUUGUCCAAGAAUCUUCCCUAUCAGUGAGCAAAGACACAGUGGAGAAGGUCCAAGUUGUCCAAGAAUCUUCCCUAUCAGUGAGCAAAGACACAGUGGAGAAGGUCCAAGUUGUCCAAGAAUCUUCCCUAUCCCCAUCAGUGGGCAACGACACAGUAGAGAAGGUACAAGUUGUCCAAGAAUCUUCCCUAUCCCUAUCAGUGGGCAAGGACACGGUAGAAAGUGUGAAAAAACUCUGUUCCCAGCCUCAGCCAGAGGAGACAGAGCCACAGACGAUGAGCCAAAGAGAGGGUGGUGGCGGUCAGACGACUGAUAGGCACAUUGACCAACCAAAGAUGAGCGUGGCCUUAGAAGGGCAGGAGAGCAGUGUUUGUAUCUCAGGGGAAAGUGAGGUGGAGGAGAGAGCAGAGGAGAGAUUAUCUCCAACAGAAAGUAUUCCAGAACUUGCACAGCGUCAGACACCUGAGGGAGAGCUGAGCACAGAGAAAGCCAUCACUCCUCCUCAGCCAGAGAGGAGAGGGAAGCAGAGAAAGCAGAGCAGAGACAGACCCAGUCAGCUGCGCAGACAAUCUACAUCAGGCCCUGGGUCUACUGAUCAACCACAGAAACCGGCUCUCGCUACCAAGACCCUAGCAGACACCUCCCCACCAGGGAAACAAAAGAAUACGAACACGAGGGGACAAAAAUCUGUUGCAGAUACCAGACAGAGGAAACCUGUGAAGGGCAAACCUGAAGCAGAGUCCGGGAGGAGAGGGGAAAACAGAAACGUCUCCGUUGCCCCGACUCUCCCUAGUCCUACCAACCUCUGCCCUAUAGCUCCCACUCUCCUAGUCAACCAGGAAGUGAACAUGGAAGUGCACCAGAUAAUGCUUGAUAACAGGCCGCUGCCUGGCUGCCAGACAGAAAGCAGGAAGGAUAUCAACGAUAACAAUGUGGGGAGUGGCCAUACCUCCCCUACAGAACAGAAUAGGUCCUCUUCUCCUCCACUUCUUCCCUCCUCCUCUCCUCCUCACCUCUCAUUCUCUCCUCUUUCCUCAUCUCCCCCACCUCUUCCCUCCUCCUCUCCUCCUCCUCUCUCCCCCUCUACUCUCUCCUCCUCUCCUCCCCCCAGUUCCUUCGCGAUGCCGCCAGAUGAGGACCUCCCCACCCCCAUACAGGAGUCCCAGCCUCUUGUCACCCCACUCCUAGACACCCAGCCUCAAUCAAUCAAUGUUCAGGCAGCCUCUGCAACCCUUUCUACUACCCCUAAGCACCCCCCUAUACCCACCAAAAGUGUCCCUAUGUCCCCUAACCCCUCCUCAUUUCCAUCUCCACCCACGUCAGCCCUGGCCUCAACCCCCAGCUUUACCCAGCCCACCCAGGAGUCUCUGCCACGGCUGGAGGCUCCAACCACAAUGCCUGUCCUAGGCAUCCGCAGGCAGGUCCAACCCCAACCAAACCUCCUCACCAAGCCCAACAGACAGGUCAAGACAGGUCAGUCACAAAGCCCACAGGACAGAGAUGGGAUGGACACAGGCAGUGAUGAUGAUGCCACUGCUGUUCCUCUACGACGUCACAUGACUCAGCCCAGGGGGAUUGUGGGAAACCCUUCUCAUAAAGAGUCUGGCUCCUCCAAUCAGCGAGAGAUACUGCUUCACUCCUCCUGCCAAACAACUGAGAGACAGACAGACUGUCCAAUCAGCCACAAGGAUUCACAGGAGCUGGACCUGUCCUUCAAACACAACUUGGGCUCCUGCAAUGAGUCGGAGAGUGACGGAUCAGUGCCAGAGUUGGAAGAACCAGAGGGGGUGCCACUGAGAUCCUCAGAACCCCAGGCCAUCUCUCCUGCUGAUGAGGGGAUUAACAGACCUAAGCAGAGCCGCAGUGAGAAGAAGGCCCGCAAGGCCAUGGGUAAGCUGGGCUUGCGGCCGGUCCACGGUGUGACCAGGAUCACUAUAAGGAAGUCGAAGAGCAUCUUGUUUGUCAUCAGCAGACCUGAUGUCUUCAAGAGCCCCGCGUCAGACAUCUACAUCGUCUUUGGAGAGGCCAAGAUAGAGGACCUGUCUCAACAGGUGCACAAGGCAGCGGCAGAGAAGUUUAAGGUCCCGGUGGAGCCCUCCCCACUGGUGCCCCCUGCACCACCCAGCCUCACCAUCAAGGAGGAGAGCGAGGAGGAGGAGGUGGACGAGGGAGGUUUGGAGCAGAGGGAUAUAGAGCUGGUGAUGGCCCAGGCUAACGUGUCCCGUUCUAAAGCUGUCCACGCCCUCAGACACAACACCAAUGACAUCGUUAACGCUAUCAUGGAACUGACAAUGUGAGAGGACCCCCACCAAGCAUAAAUGCCACAGUCACAUCUGUAUCGCUGCUAUGUUGCAUUCUCCUUACCUGCUAAUAAACAGUCUGUUAUAACUACACUAGUGGGUGAUACUGUUAACCACCCUAAUACUUCACGUCAUGUUGAGUGUAUACAGUUGAAGUCUGAAGUUUACAUACACUUAGGUUGGAGUGGACAAAACUUGUUUUAGAGCCCUUCCAUACAUUUCUUGUCAAAAAACUACAGUUUUGGCAAGUUGGAAGGACAUCUACUUUGUGCAUGACACAAGUAUUCAUUAGUUACCAUAGCACCUUCCGGAGACACCUGAAACCCCACCUCUUUAAGGAAUACCUAGGAU